AUGGCGAAAGGAAGCCAGAUAACGGGUGCUAUAGAACAAAAAGUUUAUAACUUGGCCUGUAAUCUCCUUGACGAAAGAACUGAAAAGAAUCGAAGCACUCUAAAUGUGGAUGAGUUACAGGAUCCGUUUGCAGGUGUAGAGUCAGCAAAAAGCUUAACAAUUUCCCUGGUAUUGAACUAUAUUCAGCUGAAAGACUUUGAAUUGAAGCGAGCUAAGAAGGUACAGCUCGAAAAGUCAAUUUCCAAGGUAUUGAAACUAAUAAGAGAUGAUGAGGAGAAUGAGCUAAACAAUAAUCAAGCGGAGAAAGAUAUAGACAGUGCGUCAGAAAUCGAAGGCACUGAUACUGCUGGUUCUAACUUGAUGGAUUUCAAAGAUCCCAACUUAGCAAAUAAAUCAGUCACGUCGAUGUGGAAUUUUGAGGACAAGGAACAAGAUCAAAAUCCUGACUCUGAAGAUGGCUCAAGUACGAAACGAAAAGCAAAGGACACGACAAAGAGUGUUUUUAAGAAGCAAAAACGAAAGUUUGACCAUACACCUCCCGAAAUUUCCUUUUCAAACCUAGGAGGCUUGGAUAACGUCACCACACAACUUCUUGAAAUCAUCGGGCUACCUAUUUUGCAUCCCGAGAUUUAUACUUCAACCGGAGUUGAGCCUCCGAGAGGUGUACUUUUAUACGGACCACCUGGGUGUGGUAAGACAACCAUUGCUAACGCUUUAGCAGGAGAGUUGAAGGUUCCUUUUAUCAACAUCUCUGCUCCUUCAAUAGUGUCUGGAAUGUCGGGCGAAUCUGAGAAGAAACUUCGUGAAUUGUUUGAAGAAGCAAAGUCUGUGGCGCCGUGCUUGAUAUUUAUGGAUGAAAUUGAUGCUAUCACACCAAAGAGGGACGGAGGUGCCCAAAGAGAAAUGGAAAGAAGGAUAGUUGCUCAGCUCUUGACGUUGAUGGACGAGCUAACCUUAGACAAGACAGACAACAAGCCUGUGAUUGUAAUUGGUGCUACCAACAGACCUGAUUCUUUAGAUUCUGCGCUUCGUCGCGCGGGUAGGUUUGACCGAGAAAUCUGUUUAAAUGUUCCAAAUGAAGCGCAGCGAGAAUCUAUUUUGAGAACAAUGACCAAAAACAUAAGGUUGAAGGAUGGGGAACAUUUUGACUACAGAGAGUUAUCAAAACUCACUCCUGGUUAUGUGGGUGCAGAUCUCAAAAGUCUCGUUACCGCCGCUGGUGUUGCUGCCAUCAAAAGGAUCUUUGAAACUAUGAGCGAACAGCAAGAGGAGGGCCACUGUGUACAAGAGGACCACAUGGAAAUAGACCCCAUUUCAGGAAAAGAGAACGAAGCUGUAUUGUCCAGGAGAUUUGGAAACAAAUCAGAUCUUGAACAAAUAUCAACUAUACAGAAAUUUUUGGGGCGGAACCCUGAGCCAUUAACUGAAGAACAACUUCAGCCUUUAUGUAUUACAUACGAUGAUUUUGUCAAAGCUCUUCCGACCGUUCAACCCACCGCUAAAAGAGAAGGGUUUGCAACCGUACCCGAUGUUACAUGGAGAAAUGUUGGUGCUUUAGCCAAGGUUCGUACAGAGUUACACAUGUGUAUCGUCCAACCAGUGAAGAAGCCUGAAUUGUAUCUCAAAGUUGGUAUUUCAGCGCCAUCUGGCGUCUUGAUGUGGGGACCACCAGGCUGCGGGAAAACUCUUCUUGCGAAGGCUGUUGCAAAUGAAUCACGAGCAAAUUUUAUUUCAGUGAAAGGACCAGAGUUGUUAAACAAGUAUGUGGGAGAAUCGGAAAAAGCAGUGAGGCAAGUGUUUCAGAGAGCUAUGGCAUCCAAACCGUGCAUCAUAUUUUUUGAUGAGUUAGAUGCCUUGGUUCCACGAAGAGACACUUCUAUGUCGGAAUCCAGUUCAAGAGUUGUAAACACCUUAUUGACUGAAUUAGAUGGUCUUUCUGAUAGAAACGGAGUUUUCGUUAUUGGAGCGACAAAUAGACCGGACAUGAUCGACCCAGCAAUGCUUCGUCCUGGCCGGUUGGACAAGACUCUAUACAUUGAACUACCCACUGCAAAUGAAAGAUACGAGAUCUUGAAAACUAUCACAACGGCUAAUAGUACGCCGAUUGCAAGUAAUGUUGAUCUUGUGGAAAUUGCAAACGAUGAAAAAUGCAGAAACUUUUCGGGAGCAGACCUAUCAUCUUUAGUCAAAGAAGCAGGUAUAUCCGCAUUAAAAAGAAAAUUUUUUGGGGCUCAGAAUCUCGAAGCAUUGGACGCUUCUGGGUUCUAUAAUGGCUUCUCUCUGGAGGAACAUAUUGAGGUCACUCGCGAGGAUUUUCAACGUGCAUUGUUUACCGUACGUCCCAGUGUGAGUGAUAGGGAUAGAUUGAAGUACGAACGUUUGAACAAGAAGCUAGGGUGGGACAUUAUAGGGGAGAAAAAUGGAACAGCCCUUCCUAACGUGGGAGAUACAAAUAGACCUGAAGACUCUAAGUGA